UCCAUCUGGCACAGCGGCCGGCUGCAGGAGGAGUUCCCUCUCCGAUGCCCAUCUCGGGGGAGCACCGCCGCAACCAGCAAUAGUUACUACCCAACGAGGAGGAGGCACAAGCCUGCAGCGAACGUGAGCUGUCCGGCCUACUUCCGGUGGAUCCACGAGGACCUCCGGCAGUGGAAAGGGAGCGGGAUCACGAGAGAGAUGGUGGAGGGCGGGCGGAGGAGCGCGCACUUCCGGCUGGUGAUCGUGGAGGGGAGGGCGUACGUGGACAAGUACCGAACUGCCCUCCAGACCCGAGAUGUGUACACUCUCUGGGGGAUCCUCCAGCUCCUGCGCUGGUACCCGGGCAGGCUGCCCGAUCUCGAGCUCUUGUUCGACUGCGACGACCGCCCCGUGGUCCGCCGCCGCCGCCCCAACUCCGGACCCCCGCCGCCGCCGCUCUUCCGCUACUGCUCCGAUGGGGCCAGCUUGGACAUUGUGUUUCCGGACUGGUCCUUUUGGGGAUGGGUGGAGACGAACAUAAGGCCAUGGAAGAAUGUGUUGGAGGACAUCCAACAAGGCAACAACAGACUGAAAUGGAAGGACAGGGCGCCUUACGCAUACUGGAGAGGCAAUCCCACUGUGGCCCCGACUAGAAAGGAUCUUCUCAACUGCAACUUCACCCAUUAUUGGAAAACUACUACUCGCCUCUACACUCAGGUCGGUCUUUCUGAUUGGAAAGUAGAAUCUGCCCAGGGAUACCGGCAGUCAAAACUUCAAGACCAGUGUACCCACAAGUACAAGAUAUAUAUACAAGGAUGGGCUUGGUCCGUGAGCGAGAAGUACAUAUUGGCAUGCAACUCCAUGGUUCUAUACGUGAGAUCAGCAUACCAUGAUUUCUUCAGUAGAGGCAUGUCCCCAUUGCAGCACUAUUGGCCUAUUCGUGACAACACCAAGUGUUCUUCUCUCAAAUACGCCGUAGAGUGGGGCAAUAACCACACUCAAGAGGCACAAAGUAUCGGGGAAGCAGGGAGCAGGUACGUUUUCCAGGAGAUGAAGAUGGAGUUUGUGUAUGACUACAUGUUUCAUCUGCUAACUGAAUAUGCCAAGUUGUUGAGGUUUAAGCCAACGGUGCCGCCGGGGGCCGUGGAGGUGUCCCCUGAAACAAUGGCGUGCCACCAAAAUGGGACGUACAGGAAGUUCAUGAUGGAGUCGCUGGUGAGGUCUCCUUCUGAUUCCGUUCCUUGCAACUUGCCACCUGCCUUUGAUUCCAAUGAGCUUCGAGACUUUUGGGAUGGGAACGACAAGUCAAUUAAGAGAGUUGAAGCUUGGGAAGAUGAAUACUGGAGAACCCAUCCAAAACCAAAUUUAGGGUCAUAA